AUGAAGUUCCUCACCAUCGCUACCGCUCUGGCCACCGUUGCCGUUGCCGCCGAUGUUGGCGCGCCCGUCUCCCAGAUUGGCGAUGGCCAGAUUCAGGCCGGCACCCAGCCUGCUGCCCAGCCCUCUGCUCCCGCGCAACCCUCGCAGCCUCCGGCUCCUGCACAGCCUUCGCAGCCUUCUGCUCCCGCUCAGCCCUCUGCCCCCGCGCAGCCCUCGCAGCCCCCGGCGCCCGCUCAGCCUUCGCAGCCCUCUGCUCCCGCUCAGCCCCCGGCCUCGUCCAACCCCAUCCCCUCCGGCACCGACCUGAACCCUGGCGGCGGUGGUGUUGUGCCCACGGCUAGCGGCUCUGCUCCCGCUGUCCCCAGCGUGAGCCAGCCCGCCGGCACCGGCACCGGCGCUCCCACCGUCUCCACCACCGGCGGUGCCAACCCUACCGGCAGCCAGCCCGUUACUGCCGGUGCCGGCCGUAUCGCCGGCAGUGUCUUCGCUGCCGUCGCCGCCGCCGUUGCUCUGCUGAUAGUGACGAGAUGUCUGUUGGGACUAUGUACCCAAGACAGGCUUUAA